AUUUCUAAACCCUAUCCGGAAAGCUGUCUUCCUGACAAUUUUCAAGCGACAGCUGAAAACUCAUCUCUUUCGUAACUAUUUGACUUUAUACUAAAAAAAAAAACCUUUUCUCUUUUCUUUAAUAUUUCCCUGUCUGUACAUGUAAAAUGAUUUAUAUGAUCAUAAUCAUUGCUACAAUAGUCACAUGAAAAUGACACAUGAAAUUACAAUAAACACAAUCAACCUAUGAUUAUAUAUGACUUUGAUUUAGUUAACAGUAAUAUUAACGAAUAAACAUUACAAAAAUCACUUGCAAAUACAGAAUAACUAUGUGUUGAACAAAAAAAAUCAAAGAAAAUUAUUUUUUAUUUUUCUAAAGAUAAAUUUAUUUUUUAAAAGAGAAAAUAAAAACAAAGAAAUAUUGUAAAGUUUCAACGCUUGGGGACCACGUGAUGACCUAUCAGCGAAGUGACGUACAAAAAUAGUUUAAUUGGUUCUUUGAGGGGACCUGUCCGAAAGAAUCGAUUCGCUGAAAUGAAUCGGACUUCCCAUCACUACUUUUGCAACGAGAAGUUCAGGAUGAGCAAGUCAAGAGCACUUGCAAAGCAAAAAGCAAGGGGAAAAGCGAUCACUCACGUUUAUUAUAAACCCCGCACAGAUUAUCUUUCUCCAUAUGGAAAUGCAAUAUUAGAUCGUGAAAUGAUAUCAUCAUGAAAUAAGAUAAAUAAACCAGUUUGGGAAAAAAACACCGCCUUCGACCUCCCCCUCCCGCGCUCGUGUGAUUGCGCUUCCUGUUCCGCCUGUAAGACCUCGCCCUCUGUCAUCUCUCACAUUUUCUCCGCCUCCGUUUUUGCUCCUCUUGCGAAUAUACGAAUCCUACUAUGGUGAAAAACACGACUAAUGAAUAUUAAAUAGGGCACGUAACCGGAGCACUAGGAAGGUUACUAAGCAACGUAAGCAAUAACGUAGUUAAUAUUCAUGAGCAAAGCAUUACUUUCGCCGCCCUCUGGACUUAAAGAGAUUAAUUAUGCAGAUUUUUUUACACAUUUCACACGUUGGUUUAAUAUAUGAUGCUUGUUUCGCUGCUCAUUUCUUAUAAUUUUAGUUCAUAUUCGCUUUACAAAUAUCCAAAAACGAAAAUGAAAGAAAAGUAAAAACUUGUGAAUGAGAGUUGCCUCUACAGAGCUCCGCGUGCUGUAGCUGCUUGAAAAUUAAAUAGUGAGAUUCUCUUUCAAGAAUCUAAGCGAUUCAGAAAUACCUCAAUAGACUUUAUUGUCCAUAAAACAAAACGACGGGCUUAGCAACUAUACACACUUCCAGGCAACGAGCCUGUAACGUAGUGCAAUGCGGAUACGUAGACCAUCUGUAAUUGGCAUUCUGGAGAGGUGAUUGGCUAACGUCUCUCUCUAACCACGCCCACGCUGCCAGGCUGCUCUGUAUACACAAUACAGACACAAUGAAACUUUUCCUUCAGUUCGAAACAUGCAGAUCUAGAAUCUUUACACCAUGCCACCAAAAAAGAAAGGGAAAGGAAACAUCAAAAAGGACAAGUCCAAAAAGAGCACAACAGAAAAAGAUGAUGGACUUACAGAGAAGUAUCGGAGAAGUGCCUUAGACGUGGCUGUUUUAAAAGAACAUCUUGCUCUGAGGACAAGUAUAACGCGGCAGGCCACAGCAGUGAGAGAUGACUUGAAAAGUCAAAUCAGAGAUCUGGAGCAGGUGCUCAGUCAGGAACGAUCAGACAUGAAGGACAUAACCACAGAUCUCAACCGCCAAUAUAAGUCCAUGGAAACAGACCUGCAGACUAAAGUAAACAGGCUUGAAGUGAGUGUAGACUUGCUUGAGACGCAGCUCGCCGAAUGUCAGGUUAAAUUAAAAUGGGAAAGAGAGCAGCGAGAGAAGAUAGAAGCAGAAAAAGACGCCAUCAUCUCUGACCUCCAAAGCAAACUGGAUAGUAUGGAGAGAGAGUGUGAGAAGAUCCUGCACGGCUGUCUGGACAGUUUGCUCUCUCACCUGACUGAGACGCGGCUGCAGUGGGAAGAACAGAGCACAGUCAUUCAUCAGGAUGUCAAGGACACGCUCAGAGACUUUGGGAUAAACCCGCUUUACAUAUGAGGACACCUUCAGUUGAGCACUGUGAACAGAACAGGAGCAGGACCAGGACUUCUGACCUUUGACUUCUAAGCAAUUGCACAUAUAAUGCAUAAACCAGGAGUUUUCAAACUCCUAUAUAUAGUACGGGUCAGUACUUUAUUUUAAAGAAAUUAAUAGUUAUAGUUAGCAAGGAUGCAUUAAAUUGAUCAAAAGUGACAGUAA